AUGCAUCCAUUGCUACCUUCUAUUUUCAUAUUUACUUCUACUCUUUGGCUGAGUUUCCAUCCCAAUAAUGCUGAAAAUGAUUUGCAAACUUACAUAAUUCAUGUAAGUUUGCCCGAAGAUAACAUUAACUUCGAGAGCUACUACCGGUCCUUCCUACCGAGAGUUGCUCUUCAUUCUGAGGAUGAUCAAUCCUCACGAAUCAUUCACUCUUACCGUCACGUGGCUUCUGGCUUUUCAGCUAGAUUAUCAUCAGACGAAGUGAAAAAAAUGGAAAAGAAAAACGGAUUCAUCUCAGCAACGCCACAAAAAAUGUUGGCAUUGCACACCACGCAUACUCCUGAUUUUUUGGGGUUGCAACAACAUUUUGGUGUCUGGGAAGAAUCCAAUUACGGAAGGGGUGUAAUUAUCGGGGUUCUAGACACCGGGAUUACACCAAGCCAUCCUUCUUUCCACGAUAACAACAUGCCGCCUCCACCAGCUAAAUGGAAAGGAAAGUGCGAGUUUAGUGGAACUGUAACUUGCAACAAUAAGCUCAUUGGUGCAAGGAAUUUUCUGGGUGGCUCUACUGAUCCACCAUUUGAUCAGGAAGGUCACGGCACACAUACUUCAAGCACGGCUGCCGGAAACUUUGUUGAUGAGGUAAAUGUAUUUGGCAAUGCCAAUGGCAGAUCAGCUGGCAUGGCCCCUCUUGCCCAUAUUGCCAUGUACAAGGUGUGUGCACUGCAUGGCUGUCCAAAUGAUGCCAUAUUGGCUGCAAUUGAUGCCGCGAUUGAUGAUGGUGUAGACAUUAUCUCAAUCUCCAUUGGUGGACCUUACAAAAGCUUUUAUGAUGACUACACUGCUGUUGGUUCUUUCGCUGCAAUGCAGAAUGGUAUUUCCGUGAUCACCUCUGCGGGUAACAAUGGUCCAGGCCGUGCUACGUUGUUUAAUGAGGCACCUUGGACUCUCACAGUUGGUGCCAGCACACAUGAUAGAAAAAUAAUAGCCACAACCGUGCUAGGAAACGGGGAAUCAUAUGAUGGUCAAUCACUUUUCCAAUCUAAAAACUUUCCUCGUACCUUAUUUCCAGUGGUAUACAGUGAGGAGACUGCCCAAUGUGAACCAGGAGCACUAAAAGCCGCUCAGGUGGAGGGAAAAAUUGUGGUUUGUGAUAGUGACACUGACGACACACUUCCAAAUUAUCAUGGCCAAGCGGUAAAGGACGCGGGGGGCGUCACCAUGAUUCUUGUCAAUACAAAGGUCUUUGGCGAUACAAUUCUUGAAAUUGCUCAGGUCCUUCCGGCAACGAUUUUGAGUUUUGCUGAUGGGGAAAAGAUUAAGGCGUAUAUUAAAUCAUCCUCCACUGCCAGGGCAGGUAUCGAUUUCAAAGGAACAAAGAUGGGUUUUAACGAUGCACCAUCUAUAGCAGCUUUUUCGUCCAGGGGCCCAAACAAACUAAGCCCAGGCAUACUAAAGCCUGACAUUAUCGGCCCUGGAUUAAAUAUUCUUGCUGCAUGGCCUUUCUCAUUGGAGGACAUAAAUUCUACCUUCAACAUCAUGUCUGGCACCUCAAUGUCUUGCCCCCACCUAAGCGGUAUUGUGGCUCUGCUCAAAAUUGAACAUCCAGAUUGGUCUCCAGCUGCAAUUAAAUCUGCAAUUAUGACUACAGCUGAUCAAUCCAACCACGAGGGUCAACCCAUCCUUGAUGAAAGGAAAUUUCUUGCUGAUGUGCUUGCUAUUGGUUCUGGCCACGUUAAUCCAUCAAAAGCAAGUAAUCCGGGGCUAAUAUAUGAUAUCAACCCAAUGAACUACACUCAAUAUUUGUGUGGCCUAGGCUACACAAACAUGGAGAUUGGGUUCAUUGCGCAUCAAAAUGUGAAUUGCUCAUUGAUAUCAAGUAUAUCUGAAGCAGAGUUGAACUAUCCUUCUUACUCCAUUAUACUUGGAGCAGAGAUUCAAAAAUAUACAAGGAUAGUUACAAAUGUUGGUGAUGGAAACACCACUUAUUUUGUUAGCAUCACUCAGAUUCCAGGCGUUCAUACAUUGGUUGAGCCUACCAAACUUGUCUUCACUGAGGUGAACCAACAAGCCAGAUAUAUGAUAUCCUUCACCCGAACGGGUGAAAUUUCUGGAGAUUUUGUUGAAGGGUCGAUAUCAUGGAUUUCCGAUAAUCAUGUUGUUAGGAGUCCGAUAUCUAUCAAGUUAUUGUUGUCUAACACCGGGAACAAUAAUUUUUCAACAGAAGUCAUUAGAAGCUCACUUUGGCUUUGUACUUUCCUGGCACAUUGUUUGUUUUAUUUCAUUGUAUUUUAG